AUGGAUUUACUAGAUGCUGAGCAGCAAGAAGCUCUUCCGUUUUCUCUGGACUACUAUACCGAUGCACAGGACUUGAACUACAUGGCGGACUAUCUUCACGAAACCCAGCCGCGCGUCGCGAGGAUGUACGAAGUGUUGGGGGACAUUGUUCAAGAGUACGGGCUGGUGUCGUUCGAGACACUGGCUGUGGAGGAGAAGGCGUCGAUGCUACACUUAGUGGAGGUAUUAGACCGUGCGAUUGGCUAUGUAGCACGAGAUAGUGCGUAA